ACACUGUUAGGAAGUGAUGAUAACUCAUUGACUCAUCCUCAUCCAAAAGCACGCUAUGUAUUUGACACAUUCUGCAAUUUCAAGCCCAUCACCACCAUUCAGCUUCUUCCAGAAUUAAGAGUCCCUCUCUUAUCUUUAGAUCAACACUCUCUUUGCUGAAAGGGUCUGAUAUUUGGGAAUUAUGUCUGAAGUGAAAAACAAAAUGGAUUUCAUCGAUUUGCUUGGACCUGACAUGUCAGUAAAGAUUCUCACCCAUUUGGAUGACCCUUGUGACCUUGUUCGUGUUUCUACUGUUUCCAGUUCUUGGCACCGAUUUGUUAUUGAAAACGGCCUCUGCAAGCAACUUUGCUUGAAAAAGUUUCCUGAAUUUACUGGUGUUGCUCAUGUCAUUGAGGUAGACAACAUGAUUGAACCAGUAAGCAACGUGCUUGGAAGUUCUAUGAAUUGGGAGUGUCUUGAGAGAAAUCAUAAUGUCUAUGCAUUUCUGGCUUCUGGUCUUACUCCUUCUAUGAAGAAAAAUUGCAUCUCAAAAGCCAUUAGUGCAUCCAGCACUGAUAACUACCCUGAAGAAAGUGUUCUGAAUACAUUGGAGCCUAGGGAAAGAACUGAUUAUAGAGCAUCAUACUGGUCAAGUGAAGGGGAAAACGAUCCUUCUGUUCCUGAGACUUUAGUUUAUAAGCUAAUUUCCAAAAUAUGUCUUGUUACGGAGAUUCAUGUCCAACCAUUCCAAGCAUAUUUUCAGCAUGGCCUCCCUAUAUAUUCUGCUAAGGCUGUCCGAUUCAAAAUGGGCCAUCCGAGAUACCCAAUGGAAUUAGAGUCUCUUGUAGCUGAUAAUAUUACUGCUAAUCACGUGUUGGGGGAUAAUCAAUUCGUAUGGACAUAUACUUCACCUGAAUUUCCAAUGUUUCAGGAAAACUGUUUACAACAAUUCAAGCUACCUGAACCUGUUCUGUGCAUUGGAGGUGUGCUGCUAGUUGAGCUGUUGGGUAGAGUUCAAAAACAAGAAAUGGAUGAAUUAUUCUACAUAUGCAUCUCCCAUGUUCAAGUUGUGGGACGACCACUUUCACCAGCAUUUGAUGUCAAAAUUCAUCAUCCAUCAGGAAAGUGUACCUUGAAAUACUGUCCUCAAGCAGAUAGUUGUAUGUCUUCAACAUCAUCAUCAUCGACAAGAAGAGACUCGAGCAAUCCUUCGCGCCUGCGAGCAUUAACCUCGAGUUUAAUGCAGAGGGGUGUGAGACGUUGGGAGCAAAUUAUCUUGGGUGCACUGCUUGGUUCUGGUUCUGUUGAAGUUGAUGAUCAAUAGAAUGUAAGAGAAUCAAGUACCUCAAUUCUCAAAGAAAUUGGGAAACCUGUGUGUACAUGUGAGCUGGAUUUUAAUAAGCAUUAGGAAUCAGUUGGUUUUGGCUGGUAGAUAAUAAGUCAAACUCAAAUUUGUGCAGGGCCAAACAUCUGUAUAGUAUGUGUUCUGCACAAUGAAUAGUGGGUGUAGUUGCAGAGUUUGAUCUUUAUCAAUUUCUGAUCAUGAUCAUAUUUGUACAUUGUAUUCCUUCUAAUAGCAGUUAUAAUAAUCUUGUUAAU